GCUCACGACAGCUUCACCCUACUGAUAGCUCUAAUGGCUGCUCUGUAUCUUUGAUUUGUCAGGCCUUUCCUAGCCCUCUUCUGCUUCUGUUUAGCAAUAAUCACUCGUCUAGUAGUUAUAUUGGAGUACCGUGGGCGGGACCGCAUGGAAUUUUCCAAGCUGCCCCGUCCUAAGGAUCAUCUUUGCUGAUUGUACCGACAUUGACGGGCUACAGAGAAUGCGCUUGAGGUUGAAAGGCCUAUAACAGUGGAGCAAAAGUUAUCAUAGUUGUGUGUUACAGGGACGUGGAGAAGGUUGUAUCACACGAUCGGGAACUUAUGGUUGCACCGUAAUAGAAUGCUAACAAUAAUAGGUACGAGGAUUAUUUUGCUAGUAGCCGCUGUCACAAGCUUCGUUCUAAGGGUGAGUUUGCCAACAAACAAAGUAAAGGGUAAAAGGGGGAAACAACACGUUCGAAAUAAUCGUCGAAUCUGCCCCGCUUGCGGUGUCUGGGAAGACAUAUAUCAAGCUGGACAGGUGAUACGGAUUAAGAAACUUUAUCACUUCCUCCGUUGUUUGCGUUGGGAGAUGUGUGGAUAUGGACUCUAUUGUAGGGUUUGCAGCCGCUGUGAGAAUUGCCUUCAGUGGGCAACGGCCAAAAACGAUACUGAACCCGCUAUUUCGGAGCAAUUAAGGGAAGAUAACUGCUGCCCUCAUUGACUAGAAAACCGUUUUAAGAUACCAGGGAGACCCUGGGCCGAUUCCGUGUGCAAGUAUG